UUUUCGUUCUUAUCCUCAGCCUGCUUCUUUCCUUGCUUAAGAGCUCUUUCUCUCUCUUUUUCCUCCGUUUCUUGGGUUCCUUUAUGGAAUGUGUAUCCAUAUCUUUGAUUUAAAUCGCUGCCAAGAUUCAUAUUUCUUUGUAAUAAUGCUCUUCUGUAAAUGCCUUUUAACAGAACCCUAAAGCUGCAACCUUCCCUUCUCAGAGAACGUAUAGAAAGAAAACAACACCAAAGAAUUAAACUCCCUUCUUCAUUGAUUUUUUGAAUACCCCUGUAUUGGUUCUUUGAUUCCUUUUCUUCUUCUUCUUCUUCUUCUGUUUUCUAUGUUUGUAUAGAAUUUCACAUACGGAGUUGGGUUUCUUCGCUUGAAACAUGGUUUCUAGUUGCUGCUUAGACCAAUUAAAUUUAUUGUCUACCGAUGAUUUUCGAGUCAUGAAUCGGAUCCCGCGAGUCAUGAAGGUAUCAGGAGUCAUAUCUGAUUUCGGAGAAGAUCAGCAAGCUAUGCCACGGAAAAGGGUUAUUAUCGUUUCCAACCAGUUGCCUUUACGUGCGUGGAGGGACUCGGUCUCCAAUGAAUGGUGCUUUGAAUUUGACGAGAAUGAUCUCCUUGCUCUGCUGAGAGACGCUUUCCCUCCUGAUACAGAGGUGCGAUACGUUGGGACGUUGAAAGCUGAUGUAGACACAGCGGAUCAAGAGGAGGUGGCUCAAGUUCUGCACGACAAGUUCAGUUGCGAAACCAUAUUUCUGCCCGUGGAUAUGCGGAACGAGUUUUAUCAUGGCUUUUGUAAACACUAUCUAUGGCCUUUGUUUCAUUACAUGAUGCCCAUGACGGGGAACGAUGGGGGACGUUUCGAUCGUUCACAGUGGAUGGCUUACGUGUCUGCUAAUAGAAUAUUUGCUGAUAAAGUUCUGGAAGUAACGGAUAGAGAUGAUGAAGAUGAAGAUCAUGUUUGGGUGCAUGAUUAUCAUCUUAUGGCUUUACCUACUUUCUUGAGGAGACGGUCUAAUAGGGUAAAGCUUGGCUUUUUUCUACACAGUCCAUUUCCUUCAUCUGAUAUGUAUAAAACUUUACCUGUUAGAGAUGAAAUUCUUAGAGCUUUGCUAAAUUGCGAUUUGAUUGGCUUCCAUACAUUCGAUUACGCUAGGCAUUUCUUGUCUUCUUGUCGAAGGAUUUUGGGCUUGCAUUCUGAGUCCAACAGGGGUCACAUUGCAUUAGAAUAUUAUGGGAGGACUGUGACUAUUAAGAUUUUGCCUGCUGGGAUUCAUAUGGGGCAACUUGAAUCUAUGAUGUCCGAGGAAAGCACCCUUAGGAUGGCUAAGGAGCUGAAGCAUAAGUAUGAGGGGAAAAUUAUGAUGGUUGGCGUCGAUGAUUUGGACUUGUUUAAGGGAAUUCCUCAGAAAUUUUCAGCCAUGGGGGAGCUUUUGGAAACGAAUCAGGAAUUGAGGGGCAAAGUGGUGUUAGUACAGAUUACAAACCCGGCGAGGAGUUUAGGCCGGGAUGUGCAACAACUUCUGGAUGAGGCCAAUAGCAUUGCCAAGGAGGUCAAUAACAAAUAUGGGGAACCUGGAUACCAGCCAAUAGUUUUCCUCAAGGGACCUGUCACUACACAAGAGAAGCUUGCAUAUUAUGCAGUUGCCGAGUUUUGUGUGGUGACUCCUGUAAGAGAUGGGAUGAAUUUGGUGCCAUACAAGUAUACUGUUUGUAGACAGGGCUGCCCUGCUUUAGAUAGGGCAUUGGGGGUCGAUGAAAACUCGCCUCCCAAGAAUAGUGUCAUCAUUGUCUCUGAAUUCAUUGGCUGCUCACCCUCUCUAAGUGGGGCAAUCCGUGUCAAUCCAUGGAAUAUUGAUGAAAUGGCUAAUGCAAUGUAUAGAGCCAUUGAUUUGUCGGAGACGGAGAAACAUUUGCGCCAUGAGAAGCAUUACAAGUAUAUUAGCUCUCAUGAUGUUGCUUAUUGGGCUCGGAGUUUUGAUCAGGACCUCGUGAGAGCUUGUAGGGAUCAUUAUCACAAGAGGUAUUGGAGAGUUGGACUUGGUUUAGCGUUUAGGCUUGUUGCUUUGGAGCCUAACUUCAGGAAGCUCCUAGGGGAUACUCUCAACUCUGCCUACAAGAUAACCAGUAGCCGAUUGAUCCUUUUGGACUACGAUGGCACUAUGAUGCCUCCAACUUCAGUGAACAAGGGGCCUAGUCAUGAGGUUAUUUCGGUUUUGAAUCGUUUAUGCGAUGACCCCAAAAACAUUGUUUUCAUUGUGAGCGGCAGGGACCGGGAUACCCUAAGCAAGUGGUUUUCUUCAUGUGAGAAAUUGGGUAUUGCAGCCGAGCAUGGAUACUUUACAAGGUGGACUAGGGAUUCCGCAUGGGAAACCUACCGCUCGGUGGACUUGAGUUGGAAAGAGGUUGUUGAACCUAUAAUGCAACUUUACAUGGAGGCAACUGAUGGGUCAUGCAUAGAGAACAAAGAAAGUGCAGUCGUCUGGCACCAUCAAGAUGCCGACCCUGAUUUCGGUUUAUUCCAAGCUAAGGAGCUUCAUGAUCACUUGGAGAAUGUUCUAGCCAAUGAGCCCGUUGUUGUUAAAAGGGGGCAACACAUAGUUGAGGUUAAGCCACAGGGACUGAGCAAAGGCAUUGUUGCGGAAAAUCUGAUAUCAAGCAUGAGAAGUAAGGGCAAAUCACCAGAUUUUCUGCUUUGCAUAGGAGAUGAUCGUUCAGAUGAAGAUAUGUUUGAGAGCAUUGCUCGCUCAUCUGCCAACCCUACCUUACCGGCCAUAGCAGAGAUAUUUGCUUGCACUGUUGGGCAAAAACCAAGUAUGGCAAAAUAUUAUGUUGAUGACAUUGUUGAAGUCAUUGGACUGCUUCGAGGGAUUCCGGAAGCAACAGUACAGCCAAACUGACUUAGAGAAAAUUAGUGAAAAAAAAAAUCGAAACAAAAGGAACAAUGUUUACAAAAGGAUUUAUUUAGGGCUAAUGGCAUAUAGGAAACCUUGUGCAGACAAUACUUUUUAACAGAUUUCAUUACCUAGAAAUGCUACACCGCUGGUUCAUGUUCUUUUAUUAUACCUAUAUCAAUAUCAAGCAAAUUUCUUGUCUAAGAA